AUGAAUCAAUUCUUCUUUGCAAUUGCUAUACAUUUUUUUAUACUUCAAGAUCAAUUAAGAAUAAUGUUAAAUGUUCAACUUCUUUACUUAAAUAUUGCUAAAAAGUUUCUCAUUUCUGAUCAUUUAAGUUUCUUCCUUACUUUUGUAGACAAUUUACCUCUUCAUGUUAAUUUUUCUUAUAAAGAUGUGUUGAUGAUGUUUCUUUCCAAUCCUCCCUUUUUGAAAAUUAAUGAUAAUGUAACAGAACAUAACGAUCAUUAA